ACGCGCCGCCCAGGCAUUCUCCAACAGAGGCCGCGCUGCUCGAAGAAUGUGUCUUCGUCCUUUCCGCUUUCUCCAUCAGAAAAAACCCUAACGGGUAACAACGAAGAACAAAUCGUCGGCACCUCUCCCCCAAAUAAGGUAGCUUUUCUGUGUAAAUUAUGGGAACAACUGAUGAUAGAGAUGGAAGUGGUUGCUCACCUCUGCUGUCUCUAAAAAAUGAUUCCCUAGUUAUGCCGGCUUCCCAGACAGCUCCAAUUUCACAGCCAGAGCAACUUGACCAGCCUAAACGUUCUACUAUGACAAGGCCAGGGUUUGGGACUUCUGGGAGACACAUUAGUUUACUUACAAAUCAUUUUAAAGUUUCUGUGAAAUGCCCUGAUGAAACUUUUUACCACUAUAAUGUUACUAUAACCUACGAGGACAAGAGGGCUGUUAAUGCCAGAUGCAUUGGGAGAAAAGUCAUAAAUAAACUUUAUCAAACACAUUCUUCUGAAUUUUCUGGGAAGAGGUUUGCAUAUGACGGGGACAAAAGUCUGUACACAGUGGGGCCCCUGCCACAGAACACCAUGGCAUAUACUGUAAUUGUCGAAGAGGCUACACCUAAACCUGAUGAGUCUGGCAAAAGGUCCAAGUGCUCUUUACAGUCAAAAACUUUCAUAGUUGAGAUCACUUAUGCUGCUAAGAUACCUUUGAGCUCUGUAUCUCUCGCCCUUGAAGGAGCUGAUCCAAAGCAUGGCCAAGAUGCACUCAGGGUUCUUGACAUUAUACUGCGCCAGAGAGCAGCUAAUAGAGGGUGCCUCUUGGUUGGUCAGUCAUUCUUCCAUGACGACUCAAGAAAUUUCACUGAAAUUGGAGGGGGUGUGACAGGUUGUCGCGGAUUCCAUUCUAGUUUUUGCGCAACCCAUGGUGGCUUGUCCCUCAAUAUGGAUGUCUCUACUACAGUGAUUCUCACACCGGGGCCUGUAAUCGAUUUUUUGCUUCUAAACCAGGGUGUAAAGGAGCGGCAUUACAUUGACAUUGAUUGGGCAAGAGCAAAGAAAACGUUAAAAAAUAUGAGGGUUAAAGCUAGGCAUAGCAACAGGGAAUUUAAAAUCAUAGGGUUUAGUGAGCUACCUUGCCAUAAGCAAUUCUUUUCGAUGAAAAAGAGAAAUGGUGGUGGUUCACUUGAUGAUGGGGAAGUGAUGGAGAUUACUGUUUAUGAUUACUUCACUAAGCACCUUAAUAUAGAACUCACAUAUUCUGCAUUCAUGCCAUGUGUUGAUGUGGGAAAACCAAAAAAGCCCAUUUACCUACCAAUAGAGCUAUGCUCUCUGGUGUCUCUUCAAAGAUAUACAAAGGAAUUAUCUUUUACACAAAGAGCGUCUUUAGUUGAAAGUUCAAGGCAGAAGCCUCCAGCAAGAAUUCAAGUUGUAAUUGACGCUGUGAGAAACUAUUGCUAUGAUGAUGAUCCAUUUCUCGCUGCUUGUGGAAUAUCAACUGAAAAGCAGCUUUUGCAAGUUGAUGGCAGGGUUCUUGAUACACCGAAGUUAAAGAUUGGUAAUGGCGAAGACUGUUUUCCUCGUAAUGGCAGGUGGAACUUCAACAAUAAGCAAUUUUUUAAACCAUUGCGGGUUGAGCGCUGGUCAAUGGUCAACUUUUCUGCACGCUGUGAUACAAGCCAUCUUUCCAGGGAACUGAUUAACUGUGCCAGGAACAAAGGCAUUCAUAUGGAGCGGCCGCACACACUUGUUGAGGAAGAUCCUCAGUAUCGUCGGUCUAGUCCUGUAGUUCGCGUCGAAAAGAUGUUUGAGUUGAUUAUGUCCAAGAUCCCUGGCCCGCCUCAGCUUCUUCUUUGUGUUCUGCCAGAGCGCAAAAAUUCAGAUAUAUAUGGACCUUGGAAGAAAAAAUGUUUGGUUGACUUUGGGAUCAUUACACAAUGUGUAUCACCGAUAAAGAUUAACGAUAAUUAUCUUACGAAUGUUCUUCUCAAAAUCAAUGCUAAGCUUGGUGGUAGCAAUUCAAUGUUGGCAACAGAGAAAAUUCCUGGUAUACCUAUACUUAAGGACACACCGACAAUGAUUUUGGGUAUAGAUGUAUCUCAUGGAUCCCCGGGGCGAUCAGAUGCUCCGUCCAUUGCAGCGGUGACUGGAUCUCGAUUCUGGCCAUCAAUCUCAAAGUACCGGGCCGCAGUUCGAACACAAUCUUCUAAAGUAGAAAUGAUCGAAUCUUUAUACAAACCUUUAGCAGAUGGGGAGGAUGAUGGUAUCAUGAGAGAACUGCUUGUGGACUUCUAUCAAACAAGCAAUGGGCGUAAACCAGCUCGCAUAAUUGUUUUCAGGGAUGGUGUAAGUGAAUCACAAUUUAGUCAAGUUUUAAACAUUGAGCUGGAUCAGAUUAUCAAGGCCUACCAGCAUCUAGGUGAAGUUAAAGUCCCCAAAUUUACUGUGAUUGUGGCACAGAAAAAUCACCACACAAGGCUAUUCCAAGCUGGUGCAACCGAAAAUGUUCCAGCAGGCACUGUUGUUGAUACAAAAAUAGUGCAUCCAAGAAGAUAUGACUUUUACAUGUGUUCUCACACAGUGAUGAUGGGAACUACUCGACCUGCCCAUUACCAUGUCUUGUAUGAUGAGAUUGGCUUCUCUCCCGAUGACUUACAAAGCCUAAUCCAUUCUCUAUCAUACGUGAAUCAAAGGAGCACUACAGCCACCUCACUAGUUGCACCUGUAUAUUACGCUCACCUUGCUGCACGCCAAGUGGGACAGUUCAUCAACUUUGACGAGCUCUCCGAAAUUUCUUCAAGCACCACACCCGUUCCUGAGUUGCCCUUAUUGCAUGAGGAGGUGGAGGACUCCAUGUUCUUCUGCUGACGAAUUGGCCUCAACAUUUUGUUUUUCUUUUUGCUAACUGUACGCGAUUUUGGUCAGGAUUUAGCCAUACGCAAGUAAUUUUAAAACUUGACUUAAUUUUGGUAGUAUUAAUUUGGAGCUAGAUUUGCUUCUGUAGCAGAGUACGUACAAUGCAUGAUGCAUUGAUAUGGUCUUUGAUUGUACAUCAGAAUAUAAGCUCAGUAUAUAU